CGCCCGGUCGGUUGGUCCGCGGGUCUGUCGGUCUGUGAGUCCCGGCCGCCGGCUUAGUUCUGGCCAUGGCGCCCUGGCUGCAGCUGCUGUCGCUGUUGGGGCUGCUCCCGGGCGCGGCUCCGGCCCCCACCAAGCCCCGAGGCGCCGGCGCUGAGGCCUGGGGGCCGCCGUCCCCGGCGCUGCUGGAGCCCGCCCGCUUCGCCCUGGAGAUGUACAACCGGGACCGGGCUCCGGGGACCCAGGCGGUGCUUCGAGCAGUGCGCGGCCGCGUCCGCCAGGCGGAUCAGGGGUCGCUGUACUCCUUGGAGGCGUCCUUGGAGGAGCCACCCUGCAACGACCCCACGGUGUGCCAGCUCCCAGUGUCCAAAAAAACUCUGCUCUGCAGCUUUGAAAUCCUGGACGAGCUAGGAAAACACAUGCUGCUGAGGAGGGACUGCAGCCCAGUGGAUACCAAGGUUACAGGUGCUGGGAUACCCAAGGAUGCUGGGAUAACCCCAUCAUACUUUGAUACUCAGAGUUUAGUCUUGAUUUCCUCUCUGUCCCUACCCUAUCCAGAUGGGAAAAACCAGACUUUGAGUUCAGUCAUUUCGCUGUUGAACAAGGGUCCUCUAUCCAAGGACUUUUCCAUGCAGAUGCUUUCAGUCUUCAAGAACUUUCUCACCACCUAUAACCGGACAUACGAGAGUAAGGAAGAAACCCAGUGGCGCCUGUCCAUCUUUAUCAAUAAUAUGGUACGAGCACAGAAGAUCCAGGCCCUGGAUCAAGGCACAGCUCGUUACGGGAUUACCAAGUUCAGUGAUCUCACAGAGGAGGAGUUCCGUACCAUCUACCUGAAUCCUCUCCUACGAGAAGAUCCUGGCAAGAAGAUGCGUGUAGCCAAGCCUGUGGGUGACCCCGCCCCACCAGAAUGGGACUGGAGAAAUAAGGGGGCUGUCACUAACGUUAAGAACCAGGGUAUGUGUGGCUCCUGCUGGGCUUUCUCAGUCACAGGCAAUGUGGAGGGCCAGUGGUUCCUGAAACAGGGGACCCUGCUGUCCCUCUCUGAGCAGGAGCUCUUGGACUGUGACAAGAUGGACAAAGCCUGCCUGGGUGGCUUGCCUUCCAACGCCUACUCAGCCAUAAAGAAUUUGGGAGGGCUGGAGACAGAAGAGGACUACAGCUACCAGGGCCAAAUGCAGGCCUGCAACUUCUCAGCAGAGAAGGCCAAGGUCUACAUCAAUGAUUCAGUGGAGCUGAGCCAUAAUGAGCAAAAACUGGCGGCCUGGCUGGCCAAGAAAGGCCCGAUCUCCGUUGCCAUCAAUGCCUUUGGCAUGCAGUUCUACCGCCAUGGGAUAUCGCGCCCACUCCGGCCUCUCUGCACCCCUUGGCUCAUCGACCACGCUGUACUGAUAGUGGGCUAUGGCAACCGCUCUGAUAUUCCCUUCUGGGCCAUCAAGAACAGCUGGGGCACCGACUGGGGCGAACAGGGCUACUACUACUUGCACCGUGGGUCUGGGGCUUGUGGAGUGAACACUAUGGCCAGCUCAGCAGUGGUGGAAUGAGGAGCCCGCUGGCUCGGGACCUGGUGCCAACAGGAGCAGCCCCUCCCCGAGUCUGACCUGCAUGUCCAGGCCCCUCCCCAAGAGGGCCAGCUGGCUGAGGGACCAGCACCAAGUAACUUGGGGUGAGCAAAGGGCACCCAGCUAGCAUAGCCCCUACUCCCUGCCACCCACUCCCACUCCGCAGCCCCCCACCUGCACCUGUUGCAUUGUAGUAGCUAGGAGGUUCUGGGGCUGAAUAUUUUUUGGUGGCUGACACUAGGGCACGAGCUCUGGACUAGGGUAAUAGGCAAGAAGAAGAUAUUCUGAUCUUAAACCCAGCUCUGUCCUCAGCAGGCUCUGGUUUCCUGCCCCAGCUUUCCUCUAUUUGCUAGAAAUUUUCUAGUUUCCCCAGGUUUGGGGACAGGUUCCCCUUCUAGACUUAGGAUACUUGUAACUGCCCCUUCUAACAGCAAUAAAGAGGUGUUCUGGUCCCCAA